AUGGGUCAGCCACUGGCCCACCGGGGUCACCGAGCCGUCCAACCGUCGUCCAGUAUCCGUCGGCCCGACUACCACAUGCGCCGCCCAUUCGCCUGGCAACAUCGAUUGGGACAAAAGGUGGACUGCACCAGCGACAAGUGGGGGCCAUGGCGGACUGGCAGCACAGUGUUCACAGCCAAAAAAUCUGUACCUCUCGGCCAUUGCGUCGAGACGGCAGCAACAAUUGCAGUCAUCAGUCAAGGGGGUGAUUCGCGUCAGAGGGGGGGGGGCGGAGAGGUGAAGGGGGAUCCUGCGCAUGCUCCGGCCUCCAACUCAGUCGUUGCUGGGUCUGUACUAUUCUGGCCUGCUCUAGCCCCGAUGGAAGCCGGUAAUUAA